AUGGCGGUUACGGAAAUGUUUGGCCGAUCGUUUUCCGAUGCUCUUUACGAGCGAUAUUGUGAUUUCGAUUCGACAUUCGAUGAUCUUAAGAACGAUUGUGAUAUCGUUUUUUUCGUUGGUUCAUCGCCGAAAAAAACAGAAUCAGGUCUUGUCCUUAAUGCAUCGACUGUUGUUUUAACCGAUGAACGCAUCUCUCAUGUCGGAGAUCCUCAUGCUGUGGCACUGUCAUGCUCUCAAGUCGAAUUGGUCGAUAUUUCAUCGAAUGCAUUUUCUGAUUGGCAUGAAAUAUCAUUACUUCUUUCAUCAUUACCUCAUGUCAAAACAAUCAAUCUAAGUUUCAAUCCAUUUCCAACUGAUCUUCAUCGCUUGCCAGCUGAUUUAGAAUGGUCUAAUCUGAACACUCUAUGUCUUAAUGGAAGUCAUAUUGGUCUCGAAAUGAUCGUGGAAUUGCUGAAGAAAACGGCGAAUUUGGAAGAGUUACAAAUCUGUUCGAAUAACUACACAAGCAUAUCAUCGGAUUAUGAUUUUCAACAUAAAAAUCUCAAACGUGUUUACAUAUCAAACAAUAAUCUAAGCGAAUGGAAAUCGAUAUGUUGCUUGGGCCGGUUAUUUCCACGUUUAGAAACUUUGAUCGCAAGUGAUAAUCCUCUAAUAAGUUUUCGUUCGGAUGAUGAUGUGACUGUUUGUUUACCAUGUUUACACACACUCAGUGUCGAUCAAGUGCAAAUAUCUGACUGGAACGAUGUUGUUGCAUUAACAAAACUACCUUCGUUACAUGCUUUACGAAUUCAUGUUGCACCAUUAUUAAAAAAUUAUCAAAAAGAAGAACGAUUCUUUCUAUUACUUGGUUAUAUGAAACAUUUAACGAAAUUGAAUGGUAGUGAUAUUACAGCAAAUGAGAGAGAAACAAGUGAAAGACGAUUCAUUCGGCAUUAUUCACAGCAUGAUAUGAAACCACAACGAUACUUUGAAUUAACGGAAAAACACGGAAAUCUUAAACCUUUAGUGGAUAUUAAAAUUCGUGCGCCCUAUUUAACAAAUGUCCGUUUAGUUUACAAUCAAACUACGCAUGAUAAAGAGAUUGAUGUUCGACAGACUGUUCAACAAUUCAAAAAAUAUCUUCAUGAGCUCUUUCGUUUGCCGUUAACACGCAUACGAAUUUUCUAUGUCGAUGAUGUGGCUUUCAACAUGGGCGUAUGUGGACCGGAAGAACUUCGAUAUCCACAACGAUUACUACAUACGUAUAAUAUCCACGACGGUGAUCAAUUUCAUAUUGAUUUGAAACCAGAGCCACCUAAGCCACAAUAUACAACACGAACAGCUGAUAGUACUCGUUCGCGUAAGAAAUCCACCGAUAACAAUCGAAUCAAUUCGUCGACAUCGUCUGAUGAUGAUAAAGGGACAUCACCGGUUGUAACAUCUCCAUUUGCAUUUGAUUCGCUACAAAAAUUAGCUCAACAAAAGAAUACUCACGAUACUCAAGCGUCGAUCGAGCUCGAUGAAAUCUAUCCGUCCAUUGAUAAAACAGUUCAAAUGAUUAAGAAUGAUGAGGACGAUGAUGAGUUACUAUUAGCUGCUGCCGCGGCUACUUGUACAAAUCUGCAAACCAAGUGA